AUGCUAAUUUAUGCUCUUAGUGUUGUUGAUUACAUGACAUUAGCAAUAGGACUCUUAAGUGAAGAAUUUAAAGAAGCCAAAAUUAAAGAUUUUAAAAAGUAUCGUAAGCAUUUAACACGCAAGUGUGACCGUAUCAAAUGUAAUGAAGUUUUAUUUAAGCGAUUAUUUUGUUCUAGUGAUCCAUUCAUUUCUUCGCUAAGAAAAAUAGUUAGUAGUAAGAAGAAGGAAGUACCUAUUGAACCUAUUUCAGAUGAAGCUGCCACUCCCUACGAGUAUUUUAAACUGUUUGUUGAUGACAAUCUUAUAGACGUAUUGCUAUCAAGUUUAUAUAGUUACCAGUCAUCAGGUACCAGCGUUUGUGACACACCCAAUGAAAUAGAGUCAUUUAUUGGUGUUUAUUUUCGUAUGGGUCUCGUGAAACUACCAUCAGUAAGAUCUUAUUGGGAAACCUUUAUGAAUUAUGAUGGAGUAAGCUCAGUAUUAUCAAGAAAUAGAUUUCUUUCUAUUCUUUGCUAUUUACACUUUGUCGAUAACUUAAAGGUGACAGAUAAAGAUAAGAAAAAUGAUUGGGUCUGGAAAUUAAGUCCAUGGUUAGAAAAACGAAGAGAAAAUUUUUUAAAAGUUUCUCCGGAAGAAAAUCAAUCAGUUGAUGAGAUAAUGGUUGCCUUCAAAGCAAGGUCAUUUUUGAAGCAAUAUGUCACAAAUAAACCAAAUAAGUGGGGGUUCAAAUUUUGGGGUAGAUGUGGUGUCAGCGGUUAUUUGUAUGACUUUGAUUUAUAUCAAGGAAAAGAAAUAAAAUAG